AUGACUGUAAGGACAGUAAUCAGUGUUGCAGCCUCAAGGAAUUGGCCUCUGUUCACCACUGUGGAUUAUGAUACACAUGUGGGAGGCAUCACAGAUCUUGUGCUUCCAGAUGCCACCCCUUAUCAGAAGCUCAUUGGAAAAUUACUCUAUCUAGCCAUCACUAGACCUGACAUCAAUUUUGUUGUACAUGUUCUUAGCCAAUUUAUGCAACAACCUAAAGCUUCACACUGGGAGGCAACACUCAGGCUAGUUAGAUAUUUGAUGGGGUCAUCUGGUCAAGGCAUUUUGCUGAAGAAUAAUCCAUGCACACAAUUGACUGUAUUUUGUGACAGUGAUUGGGCAGCCUGCUUAAACACUAGAAAAUCUGUGACUGGCUAUAUUGUAAAACUAGGAGACUCUAUCAUAUCCUGGAAGUUAAAGAAGCAGCACACCAUGAGUCGAAGCUCAGCAGAGGCAGAAUAUAGGAGCAUGACAGCCGCAAUUUCAAAAAUUGCCUCCAACCCUAUCAAUCAUGAGAGGACAAACCAUAUUGAAAUCGACUGUCACUUUGUAAGAGGCAUGAUCAAAGAAGGUCUGAUAGUGCCUGAGCAUGUCAACACCAAAAAUCAAUUGGUAGAUCUACUAACUAAGGCUCUAAGGACUGUGCAACAUCAGUUCCUUUUAUCCAAGCUUGGAGUGCUCGAUGUAUUCUACCCUCCAGCUUGA